CUGCCAAGUGGUAGAGGUGUGUGCGCGCGUACUGUACGUCGCAGCUCUGUCGUUGGGCCGAACAAAAUCGCUUCUUUCUCACCAAAAUAAUCGGAACGGUAGCGGUAUCGGCUGGGUAUUCUGCCAAUUACUUCCUCCAAAACUGUCCGUUUGAUGUGGAAACGCCAUUUUUCUACGAACGAAGUCGAGACGAUCGUCGUCGUGCUUACGACACAACAAAAACCCGAUAGACAUCGCCCUCUUUUCUCUCCACUGCCAUGCCCUACAGACCGGGAGCUUACUCCUAUGGAGGGAGAAAUACAAAUAUAUCCUCGACUCCAAGUUACACGAAAUAUAGUGGAGGAUUGUCACCUUCGGUAAAAAGUUACGGAUCGAGUGCACCAACAUGGAAUCGAUAUUCUACGUCUAAGGAUAAAAGUUAUGGUGGUUCCGGUUACACUUCGGAUUAUAGUAAAGGAGGAGGUUACACUUCCGAUUAUGGGAAAACUGGUUACACGUCGGAUUAUCGAGGUUCCGGAUAUACUUCCGACUUCAACAAGGCAAGUCAAGAUAGAAGGCCGAGUUAUGGUACCGCUGCUAGUUACACGUCGAGAGCCAACUUUACUCCCAAUUACAACUCUUACUCACGCUCUAGUAGUCGAGAGGAUGCUAGUGAGAGGAGAGAAUCCUUUUCCAGAUCUAAGAGUCAGGAUGGCCCAAAUUUGGCUGACGAAGAUAAGAAGGAAAAGGAAGAGGAAAAAACAGCAUCCAAGUCGGAGGCAAAUGCGAAAUCUACUACUAAUGAGAAGGUACCUGCUGAUUUCUCAUCCGAGUCUAGUGAUUCGACCGAGGAAGAAAGCGAAGACGAAGGAUUUCUAGUUUGUCGAUCUACCUCACCUGGUCCUUUUGAUACCAACAAUGUUACUACUAUAUCUUCAGUUGUUUUCAUUCAACGCCCUUCUCCUGGAAGUGGAAGUAAGAUAGAUGCCAGCACUCAAGUUGAAGCUAGUGAUGCUUCAUUCAAGCUGGAAAGGCAGAAUUCCGGUUCUCGGCCAACAUCAAAUUAUUUCGAUAGAUAUUACAACAAAUAUACCAAUCCUAGAGGUUACAGGAACAGAGAAACUACUGCUGUCAGGCCGACUACGUUGAACGUGCAACCGGAUGCCAAUAAAGAAACUGUUCUUUCGUCUCCAAAUUCCAAAUCUCCCAGUCAGUUAGGAAUCGAAAACGAUUCGGGGACUGCAUUCUCACGAGACACUUCUCCAAAUCCCACUCAAGAAAAAGAAAAGAGCGUCAACAAGGAUUUUCGCAAGUCCGUACUCAACAUGAACUUGGACGAGAAAGAACUAGAAGAUUAUCUGAAGAAGAAGGACGAAAAGGCCAAGAAAAAGUCGUCAUCUUCUCUAUCAACCGAAGCCAAUGUAGAAAAUGGCCAAGACGAGAUCAGUCGUUUACCACGAUCACCUUCCAGACCAAAGUGUGACGGAGCAUUGAAUAAGACUAAUUCCAGGAGCAAGAUGGUAGACGGUCCCGUAAAAAGAAGCGAAUCAAAAGGCAAAAUGGAUGUUUCGAGGAGUAAUUCUCACAAUAAACUUUCUGCCAACGAUAAGAGAUAUAAAGGAAGCAAAGAUAAUUUACUGGAUGAAACGUCGAGAAACUCUUCCGCGGACUUGAUGGAUUCUCGAAGAUCUACUCAAGAUUCUUCAUCUAGUGACGAAUCUGAAGAUUUGAAUAGAAGCAGAACGUCUAUGGCAGGUCGACCUAGAAGAAAAUUAAGAAAUUCUAGGGAAGAUAUUCUAGAUGAUGAUAAAAGCCAAAGAGGAAGAGGUUCGAAAGAAAAGUUAUUAGAAGAACUUCCUCCUAGACCGUCGGCUAAAGGAUGUAAAGACGAGGAAAAAAGGGAUUCCAAAAUACCCAUAGCUAGGAAACCUACGAUGGAGCUUUAUUCGUCUUCCCGAAACGCAUCAAGAGACAAAAUUCAUGCGGAUAUUUCGCAGAGAAAAGAUUCUUCUAGUUCUAUUAGUUCCAUACCAAGCAGCCCCGGGGAAACUAAUGUGGUGUUUAAUCUUCCUCUUCCCAAACGACAAAGUUCCAGCCGCCAAGUAAUGGUUAAUAACCUGAAAGAUGCAGAAACUAGUGGACAAGAGGGUUCGGAAGAAGAAUCGGAUGAGAGUACAGAAACCGAAGAAGACAGCAAAAGAAAUUCCAGGAAGACGUCCACGGAUAACGAAAAAGACUUUUGUUCCGAGAUAUUCGGAAGAAAUGCUUCACAAUCGAGUUUUCAAUCCAAACCUGUUGAAGAAGAUCGGGAUUUUGUGGGGGAGAUAUUCAGCAAAAGUCCUUCUUAUGUUCGGAAAGGUAAUGAAGAGAAGGAAAUAAAAACAACCGUGACGAAAAGUUCGUCAGAAUCUUCCCUGUCGUCCUCAGAAGAGAGCGAAACUGACGAUGCUAACGAAAUUAUGAAUAAAAAUACAUCGCAAGCAGAAUCUUCCUCGAAAGACGAAGAAAAGGAUUACGUAGGAGAGAUAUUUUCGAGAAGCCAAUCAUUUGUACGAAAACCAGGGAUGAAUUAUUUGCAACAGAGAGAAGGAGUAAAAAAAUCAUCUUCUAGUGUGCCUCAAAAAUUAUCUGGAGAUACCGAAAAGGAUUCUACAGACGAAACCUCUUCUCAAUCCUCCAUCCAAAACUCAGAGGGAAACGAUAGAGAUUUCAUUAAUGAAAUUUUUGGGAAGAGUAGCUCUUACGUCAGAAAACCGGGAAUCAGCCAGAGUGAAUUUAUUGAGCAGAUGGAAAACUUGAAUAAAACUUCGUCCCAAUCUUCUUUGAGGAAAUCAUCCGAAGAGAGUGAAAAAGACUUUAUAGGUGAAAUUUUUGGAAAAAAUCAAUCUUUCGUACGAAAACCCAAUAGUACUCAGGCCGAUUUGAUCGAACAGAUGCAGAGUCUUCAGCGAAGAACGUCGGAAUCUCAAGAAAGUUCUCAAUAUCAAACUUCUACGGAGGAAGAGAAAGAAUCGGAUAGGAGAGAAUCCACUUGCAGCGAGCUUAGCCAGAAAGAAGACGAUUUACAGGGAACUAACAAGAAUCCGGAAAUUUUAGUAAGAGCUUGCUCUACCGAUGACGACAAAGAUUACGUGGCAGAAAUAUUUAGCGGAGGAGAUUCGAGUGAGGAAGAAGAAACGGAUUACGUUUCGGAAAUAUUCAGUGGAAGAAAAUCGUUCGAUUGUAUUCCCAGAUAUAAAAUGUAUAUGAAUCAAACCGAAGAUGAGACCGAAGGUGAAGAGAUUACGGAUUACGAAGCCACUGCCAAUGAAGAAGGUACUACGACUAACGAUGAAGGAGAAGAACCGGUAGCGGUAUUUAAUCUGAGCUUACCAAAAGAUUCUUCAGUUCAGAAAUCUCCUACUGUCAUUCACAUAAAAAAUUCGGAAAACGACGAACUGCGUACUCCUACUCCUUGCAAAGCUGGUGCAAAACCAAAAAGCUCUAGCGAAGAGGAGGAAGAAGAGGAGGAAGAAGAAGAGGAGGAGGAGGAGGAAGAAGAAGAAAAAGUUGUAGAGAAAAAAGCCGAACCUUUAGAAGAAAAGAUAAAAGGUAGGAGGAAAUCUUCCGCAUCCGAAAACGAAAAAGAAAGCAAACCUUCUUCAGUGUCAUCGUCCAGGAGGUCGUCAAAAAAUUUGGGAGAUAGCGAAGAUUCGGAUUUUAAGAGAAGAGGCAGCGCGAAUAAAUUCAUUGGAGAUCUGAAAAAUAUAGAUUCACUACUGCUGGGUGGAGACGGUAAAGAACCGGAAACUUUCGAAGACUUUGAAGACAGAUACGAACAAGAAAAGGUAACGGUAAUACCAGCUACAACCGACGAAGAAUCUGAUAACGAGAAGAAGGAAACAGCGAAGAAUAAUUUAACUCUGUUUAUCGGGAAAUUUCAAGACAUCGACGAGAUGCUAGGUAGUCCUUCACCAGUUAGUCCCGGUACGGGUCAGUUAGCCAGUCCAAGUGUAAAGGAUCCGUUCAGCUUCAAGAAAUCAUCCGAGAAGACGAAAACUGCCAAAAAAGACAAGGCAGCAGAAGAUAGUGAUAGCAGCACCAGCGCUUUGGAAGAAGUAGAAGCAUCGGCAGUCAAGGUUCACGAAUCUAAACCUCAAAAGCCCCAAUUGGAAUCCUACACGGAAGAAAUAGAUUCGAGCGCUGUCAGAAUUCGAGGGGGCAAGGCCAUGAAUCCUCAACUUCACCAUUAUACAGAAGAGAUCGAUUCGGGGGCAGUCAGAAUAAGGAAACCUCAAGCUAUGUACGGGCAGAUACUGAAGAGUCCGAAGCAAAAGCUAGACGACUGCACCUUGCAAGUAUACAAGUACAACGAGUCGGAGAAGGACUAUGGCAACUAUCUGGACUUGGAGUCGACGAUCGACGAACAAGCCGAAGAGUUCGAUGGGAUCCAAGACAAGUGAGUCUUUUCUUUAUAUUUUUUCUUUUUCUUUCUUUCUCUUCCGCAUCUUCCCACCCCCUUAUCUUCUCCGUAAACCCAAAAGACCGGUUCCAAGUCCGGAUCUGGGUCGAAUCCCG